AGAAGACGCAAUCAGGCGACUCGAUGUUUGAGGCCACCGGACACCGUAAAAUAACGUUGAAAGCCGCCUUUGCUACUUUUUCUUGUUCCUCCUCUUCCCUCGGACUUCCAGAAAGGCUCCGAUCCCCCUCCCGCCGGAAAUGGCGAUGCAAGCCGGGAUGUCGCCCUCCAAAGUUCUCAUUCUCGUCGGAGCAGGUCUGACUGGUUCCGUGAUAUUGAGGAAUGGUCGAUUGUCCGAUGUCUUAUUGGAACUUCAGGAAUUAAUGAAAGGUAUAAAAGAAGUGGAAGUCUCCUCAAACCACUAUGAUCCUUCUCUUCUUGCAGCUCAGAUUCGGCAUUUGGCUCAAGAAGUUAGGGAUUUGACACUAUCUAGACCUGUGGCCAUAAUCAAUGGGGAUUCGACUUCCAGUGGUAGUUUGUCGUCUUACAUAAUGCCAGCUGCUGCAGUUGGAGCAAUAGGGUAUUGCUAUAUGUGGUGGAAGGGCUGGUCCUUCUCUGAUGUUAUGUUUGUCACAAAACGCAAUAUGGCCAAUGCUGUUGCAAAUGUGUCAAAACAAUUGGAGCAGAUAUCUGCAGCUCUAGCUACCACAAAAAGGCAUCUCACCCAGCGGCUUGAAAACUUGGAUGGGAAAUUGGAUGAACAGAAGGAGACAUCUCAGCUCAUCAUGAAUGAGGUAAAUGAAGUUAAAACUGGUCUUUCGCAAAUUGGAUUUGAUAUUGAAUCAAUCCAAAGAAUGGUAUCUGGAUUGGAAGGAAGAAUUGGACUUAUUGAAAAUAAACAGGAUAUAACUAAUGCGGGUAUAUGGUAUCUUUGCCAAUUUGCUGGGGGCAUUAAGGAGGGAUUAAAUACUAAAUAUUUUCAGGAAGCUGGUGAGAAACUUCAAUCUACUCCUUUCUCAUUGACCUUUUCUGGGGAUAAAUCCCUCAAGGGACUACAAUUUCUUGCUGAAACCGUCGAAGAUGGGGGAGCAGAGAAGUUAAAGUCAAGCACUAUCUUACAGAAAGACCUUCAGGAAAAACCAGUCAAAAGCAUUUUCUCGAAAGCUACAACAAUACACAGGUCAUACCCUAGCAUCGCUCUAAGAAAGGAAGGCCUUGCUUUAUGAUCAAAGGCACUUGCUAAAUUUGAUUGCUUGUAAUAAAUCUUAUAUUUGAUUGAUUCAAUUUUUUGGCAUUAUUCUUGGCAUACCUUGUCUAUGUCAGCUAUUACAUGUCCAAUAUUACGAUGUCUGCUAAUCUGGCCAGUAACUGCCUCCUCGCUAGUUCUCAUUUUCUUUUUCACUGGAUUGUACAAAUUAAAAAUGAGACAUUUGUACUUCACUAUUUUUUUUUUCCUGAAAGUGGUUACAACAUUCGAUAAAUGAUAAUAAUGACUGAUAUGGUUGGCUA